AUGAGCGCAAAUGUGGAGGAGAUCGACAAGCAUGUCUUCAGGAAGUAUGAGAUUCAUGCAAAGCUGGGAAAAGGGGCCUAUGGAGUGGUGUGGAAAGCGGUGGAUAAGAAAACCAGGGAUACCGUGGCACUCAAAAAGAUAUUUGACGCCUUUCAGAAUGCCACAGAUGCACAGCGGACCUUCAGGGAGAUCAUGUUCCUACAGGAGCUGACCAACCACGAGAACAUCAUCAGGCUGCUGAACGUCAUGAAGGCGGAGAACGACAGGGACAUCUACCUGGUGUUUGAGUACAUGGAGACAGACCUGCACGCAGUCAUCCGGGCCAACAUACUGGAGGAGAUCCACAAGCAGUACAUCAUGUACCAGCUGUUCAAGGCCCUCAAAUACAUGCACUCCGCCGAGCUGCUUCACCGCGACAUAAAGCCGAGCAACCUGCUGCUCAACAGCGAGUGCGCGGUGAAGCUGGCGGACUUUGGCCUGGCUCGGAGUGUCGCACAGCUGGAGGCGGACGAGGGGCCGUCCCCAAUCCUGACAGACUAUGUGGCCACGAGGUGGUACCGUGCGCCGGAGAUCCUGCUGGGGUCGCCAAAAUACACCUUUGGCGUCGACAUGUGGUCGGCAGGGUGCAUACUGGGGGAGCUGCUGACGGGGAAGCCUAUCUUCCCAGGCAGCUCCACCAUGAACCAGCUGGACCGCAUCCUCGAGGUCACAGGGCAACCGUCGCAGCAGGAUGUGGACGCGAUUGCGUCACCCUUUGCGGCCACGAUGCUCGAGGCGCUGCCCUGCGGCGACGCACCGGCGCUGCAUCGGCUGUUCCCUUCCGCUUCGCCGGAGGCUGCCGACCUGCUAUCGCGCCUGCUGCAGUUCAACCCAGCAAAGAGGAUAACGGCGCGGGAGGCGCUGCGGCAUCCGUACGUGGCGCAGUUCCACUCGUCGGCGGACGAGCCAUCUGCGCCCGGCAUCAUCACAAUCCCCAUUGAUGACAACACCAAGUACUCGAUAACAGAAUACAGGGAAAAGCUGUACAUGGAGAUCGUGAAGCGGAAGAAGGAGCUGCGCCGGCGGCAGAAGGAACGCGAAGGCCGCGGCAGCCGCUCCCGGUCCCACGGCCACGGGGCGCGCGUUCCCUCCGGCGCCGACCCGGCCGGCUACGGCGGCUAUGCGAGGGUGUUGUGACAUGAGAGCAGUGCUCGUCAAGCACCUUGCUCGCUGUCACAAGCAGGGGGCAGAAGAACGGUCAGAACCGAUAGCGCGGUGUGAACAAGCUGAUAAGCUGAGUGAUGCCAAUUUCCCCUGCACAGAAACGCCUGAUGCUGCUCGAGAUUGAUAAAGCCAGUGCGAGUGUGGCAUGUGAAAAAGGGCGCGUGCACAGAUGAGCAAUGCAUGGGUAAAGGUACAUUUGCAGCUGGCAGAAUAAUAGAUGCAUAGAGCUGUCGAGCCUUAGGAAUAUUUGUGGGUGCGAUGGUGUUGAGGCUCCCAAACCUGAUAGCCACAGAUACGUCUUCACAUGAUGCCUUGAUGUUAAACAAGAAUUGAGGUGAGGCAUGUAGUGAUAAUAGUUUGAAGAGU